AGUGAGGUUUAAGUGAUGUGAAGAGAUGGCAUCGCUCAGGCUUAAAGAAAUUCUGUGCCUGAUGUACUCCGGAGCUCUGUUCCUCAUCGGGGCCUUCAUGGUCGGAUACGCGUUGGUACUCUGCUUCAAGGUGUUCUACCACUUUAAAUUCGUACCGUCGGAGAUGAUCGGUCCGUUUAUUGUGAUCAUGCUCGUAGGAAUCGUGCACAUCUUCAUCACCUGGGUGGGGGUGAAAGGUCCCAGCAAGGAGCACGACUUCUUCAUCAUCAUGUUUGUCGUCUUGUCGGUGAUCCUGAUGGUCGUCGAGAUGACCAUCGGUGUCUGGUCGCUGGUGCUGCGCUCGGAGGUCGAGGAGAAAAGUUUCGAAGUGAUGAAGGAAUCUCACCUUCGUUUCAUUAACCAUGGUUACGAUAAGAAGGAGUGGGAAAUGUUGGAGAAGAAGUUGCAUUGUUGCGGUCUGAAUGGAACGGCAGAUUAUUACGCGCGCGGAGAGAUCCCUGUGUCGUGCAUGAACUGCACCCAAGAAGAUUUAAUUAACAAAAAAUCGUGCGAAGCCCAUCAGACGGGAUGCGGUGGUCCCUUCAACCAGUACGUGAAAGAUCUAUUGUUGCAGUCGGCGCUCGUCGGACUCCUCACAGGCCUUUAUCAAAUUGCUGGCAUCGUUGCCUUCGUGAUGUUCUAUCGAGGUUUGAAAGCAGAAAGGGCUGUACGCGCCCUAAACAGGAGCAGAUCGCUGCAGCGGAGACAAUCACAAAACCAAACCUCGCAUCAACAGUAUAUUGUUGUACCCACAACUUAUGUCUUUGCUGUUAGACCUACAUAGUUAUAUAACU